AUGUGCAACAAAACUAUCCAUCAAACAUCAAAAGUCACGAGGUGUUUGCAGGAAGAUUCGUUUAUUGCUUCUCGAACGUUUGAUUUUAUCGUUCUCGAACAUUCAAACUUUCUAAAUUUAAAUCUUCGAUUUCUGAUUUCAACAUGGUUGAAGCUUACAAUGACCGCGAUUUCAAAGCCGCAAGGCGAUUUGAGGGAUAUGCCUGGUUUUCCCAGCCAGUUUCAUACAUAUCAUAAUCUUUCUCACCGAGAAAUAUCGACAGCCAAUUUAAAGACAACGACCAACGAAGACGAAUUUAUGAUCUUCAUAAAUAAGUACAUCUCCGAUCCUGGGUGCGAUCCUGCUGAUCUAUUUGCUCCAAGUGAGAACAAACCGGUAUUUGACCAGUGCUUGAGGCAUUUGGGUUGUCUCUCUUUUGUUUCCUGGGAUUGA